AUGUCAACUUCCGUUUCUCCUAAACCAGCAAAUCCUGGACUCAAAAGCACACAGCUUUAUAUCACAGCAAGGCAUGUCAUCAAGGCCCAAGGACCCGAGCAGCUGUGUAUGAAGAUGAGAGAAUACGAUACAAUUUUUGACACGACUGGUCCCGCCCACGCCUACGGACUCCGGGGUUCUAAGUCCCCGCCCCCUCCGAGGAGUUUCCCAAAACCCAGCGCGGCAGGCCUCAGCCGCGCUAAGAUGGCGACUCCCAUGCAUCGGCUCAUAGCCCGGAGACAAGCUGAAGCAAAUAAACAACAUGUAAGAUGUCAGAAAUGCUUGGAAUUUGGGCAUUGGACUUAUGAAUGCACAGGAAAAAGAAAGUACCUACACAGGCCUUCAAGAACAGCAGAACUAAAGAAAGCUUUAAAAGAAAAAGAAAACAGAUUAUUAUUACAGCAAAGCAUUGGAGAAACUAAUGUAGAAAGAAAGACCAAGAAAAAAAGGUCUAAGAGUGUAACUAGUUCCAGUAGCAAUAGCAGUGACAGUUCAGCCAGUGAUUCUUCGUCAGAGAGUGAAGAGACCUCUACCUCAUCCUCCUCAGAGGACAGUGACUCUGAUGAAAGCUCCUCCAGUUCAUCAUCUUCAGCCUCCUCCACAAGCUCUUCCUCGUCCUCCGAUUCAGACUCAGAUUCCAGCUCUUCCAGUAGCAGCAGCAGCAGCACAAAUAGUAGCUCUGAGGAUGAACCACCAAAGAAGAAGAAAAAGAAAUAGAAUUGUUCCAUCCAUGUUGGACUGAUGGACUAAAAACGUUAAUGCGAUUCUCAGAAGGGAAUUUAGAAUGUGUUAAGACCAAAUAGGUUAACUGAUCAAAAUUUUUAGAGUUCAAAAGUUUCUAAACGUUUUACAUUGUAGGAGCAUAAAGAGUAUUAAUAAUGGAUUAUAUAUAUAAAGACUUUUUUAUUUUAGGGGUGAAUUUUUUUUUAUCUUUAAAAUAUAUCUCUAAAAUUAAUCAAAGCUGAAAUCUAGUAAAUCUUUUUUUUUUUUUUUUUUUUUUUUGGCGAUACGCAGGCCUCACUGCUGUGGCCUCUCCCGUUGCAGAGCACAGGCUCCGGACGCGCAGGCUCAGCGGCCAUGGCUCACGGGCCCAGCCGCUCUGCGGCAUGUGGGAUCCUCCCGGACCGGGGCACGAACCCGUGUCCCCUGCAUCGGCAGGCGGACUCUCAACCACUGUGCCACCAGGGAGGCCCCUCUAGUAAAUCUUUUUGUGAUGAAACCUAUCUUUUCUCCCUGUGAAAUAAAUGCCAUACUUUGUUACAUGUUAGUGCUAUGUAUCAGACACGUUUUCAGGAUAAUGCAUCAGAAUAUCUAUCUGGCGGUGAAUUUCUAAUGCUUUUGGCUGUAUGUUACUAUGUAAGAUUUAAUACCUCUAUAAGCUUAGAGUUUUCCUACUGUUAAUACAUGUGCUCUAUUUUUAUGUUUAUGUUCAGAAAGUUCUUCUGACUUCUUCUUCUAAGUGAAAAGUUCAAGGAAUCUAUUAAUAAAUUUAUACCUUUUUGAUGGUACAAGUUUUAAGUUACUGUGUUGUAUCAUUCAUUUUCUUCUGGUUCUUAGAGUUACCCUUUUAUGACAAAAAUUAUUCUAGAGGAACUUAAAAAGGAACAAAAUUCUGAAACUACAUAGGACUCUAAUCUUGGUGCCUUUUGAUAAAUUCAUUGUAUCAGAAAAGAAAACAGUCAUUUAAAAAGCUAACUUAGGGCUUCCCUGGUGGCGCAGUGGUUGAGAGUCCUCCUGCCGAUGCAGGGGACACGGGUUCGUGCUCCGGUCCGGGAAGAUCCCACAUGCCGCGGAGCGGCUGGGCCCGUGAGCCAUGGCCGCUGAGCCUGCGCGUCCAGAGCCUGUGCUCCGCAAUGGGAGAGGCCACAACAGUGAGAGGCCCGCAUACGGGAAAAAAAAAAGCUAACUUAAGUAAAAGUGAUAUAAAUACCUUUGUGUGUUGAUAUGCUUAAAAGGUACCAUUCAAAGGGGGAAAAAAUGGUAGGAGGAAGAGAGGUAAUUUUUACAGAAAAUUAGAGUGAUGUUGGUUGCCUUUUACUAAAAUAUUAAGUUUUCAUAAAGAUUGCCUUUUACCAUUUUGCAAUUGUGGUAUGACAGUUCAUAUGGUAACUGGUCGUAUAUGACAGUCUACUGCAUAAAUAUGAAUGACUUGGAUUAAUCUGGUGUGUUGACAUAGCAUAUACACAGUUGACAUCUAGCAUGAAAGUUUAAAAAGAAAUACUGCACAGUAUUUCUUAAAAGUAAAGUACCAGGCCAUGGUGAAAUUAUUUGGUUUAACAUCACAUUAUUUUGUGAUGUCUUUUAAACUUUUUGGAAAGAGGUAUCAUUUGUAGAAAAAUCUUGAUUUGGGUUAAAUAUAGGUUUUUUAAAACUACAGAUGUUGUCUUUUUAUAUUUUUAUGGAAAAGCAGUAGAAAAUUACUUUUGAAGAAAAUGGACUUCUAUUUAAAUGUUUAAGUAUAUGUAUGUUGUGAGCUUAAAGAGCUGUAAUUACCUGUUUUACAGAACCGUUGCUUUCAAUGAUUGUAAAUAAACUCUCAAAACAUCAUUUUAAGGCUCCAUACAGAAUGUGUCAAUUGACAGGCAAAUUUAAUAAAUUACUAACGAAAUACAGUUUACAAUGUAAUCUCUGUAAGGGCAAUUUUAGCAGUUAAACUUGGAAGGGAAACAAAUGUGUACAUAGGUUACAUCACUUGCAGUUAA